AGCGAGACGCUGAGCAACAUUGUCCGCUGCAACUACACCUUCGACUACCCCGAGUUCAAGGACAUUUCGGCAGAUGCGAAAGACUUUAUCCGGAAACUCCUUCACAAGAAUCCAAGCAAGCGGAAUUCGGCAACGCAGUGUCUGUCGCACCCCUGGCUGAGGGAAAGACCCCGUCUGAAAAGAACAGCAACUGUCAACAAGAAGCGUCUGCGGCAUUUCGUUUACAGACGCAAGUGGCAGAAGGCAGUGAAUGCAAUAAUUGCACUCCAACGAAUGGGUGUCGUCUUGACGCAUACUUCUGACAAGGAAUCGGAUCUGCGCAAACUGCUUCAAGCCAAAAGCACCAAAACGGCUGCCCUCCUUCGCAGGUCCUCCAUUCGUGAAGGUGCACCAGGCGUUGGCUUAGAGAUUGACAGAACUAGGAAGCGGUCCUUUGGUGGCCCAAAGGAGCCAAGCAAGCCCGCACUUGACCCACGAAGGUCGAUUGCUGUAGCCGAACUGCCGAAAAUCACGCCGGCGAACACCAAGCAGCGUCCUCAAAUCAUGGUUACAAAUCCCUCAGAGGCUGAUGUAAAAAGGCCAGAAGGGGUUCGAGAGCAGCCUAAGAGUCCAACGCCGAACCAAAUCCCACCAAAAUCUCCACCCAACUUACCUCAAAGCCCCAAUGGUGUCCACUCUGCAAACAAUCCUAAAGUGCAUUCACCACCCACCGGUGAUAUGAAUCCAACUCAACCAGAGCCUAAAACACCACUACAAAGGAAUUCCAACAAACCUGCGCCUAGCAGCAACCUACCUAAACCAGAGGUAACCAAUGCAGUGCAAAUACAAAACGUUCAAUCCCUUCCCGGUAGGAACCAAAACCAGGUGCCGGCAAAGUCGCCGACGUCUAGUUCUCAAAAGCCUAACGCAGAAGUCAAGGCAUCGCCGUCUGUAGCAGCACCAAAAAGUUUACUGUCAUCAGAGAGGCCAACGACGGCUCCUGCCAAAACCACCACCGCCGCAAAUUCAAACUCCCCAUUCCAGCCUUCCAGCGGAUCAGCUUCCGGACGUCCAAAUUUACGAACACCAGACUCGGUAGUAAUGCAGAUGGUAAAACUUUCCAAACCCCAGGGCAGUGUGGCGGACAGGAUUAACUUUUUCAAUAAUUCCUCGGAAAAGCAACUUAAGAGCGCCAAAAAUAAGAAGUUUUCCCUAUAUAGCUAG